AUGAAGCCAUCGACUACCGCUCUUACACUCAUGGCCGCAGCUUUGGCGCUGUCGUCGUCGCUUAUUCCGGCCCAACAAACUGGAACAAACACAAAGGAAGUGCACCCUCCUUUGACGUCCCAGCAAUGCUCCAAGUCCGGUGGCUGUGUCACUGAGUCUACUUCGGUUGUGCUGGAUGCCAACUGGCGCUGGCUGCACCAAGUGGGCGACUACAAGAACUGCUAUAGCGGCAACCAGUGGGACACUACGCUGUGCUCUACGCCCGAGUCGUGUGCCAAGAACUGCGCUCUCGAAGGUGCAGACUACCAAGGCACGUACGGUAUCACCACGUCGGCCAAUGAGUUGCAGCUCAAGCUGGUCACUCAGACAGCGUACGGCGCGAACGUUGGCUCUCGCGUGUAUCUGCUUGACGCUGCAGGCUCCGAGUACAAGCAGUUCAAGUUGCUGAACCAAGAGUUCACUCUCGACGUCGACGUUUCUAAGCUCCCGUGUGGCCUCAACGGCGCGCUCUACUUCGUCCAGAUGGACGCCGAUGGAGGCAGCGGACGCUUCCCGACUAACAAGGCUGGAGCUGGCUACGGUACGGGCUACUGUGACGCCCAGUGUCCGCACGACAUCAAGUUCAUCAACGGCGAGGCCAACACACUGGAAUGGGGUGCCACAAGCCAGAAUUCGGGUGGUGGCAAGUACGGCGCCUGUUGUGCAGAGCUCGACAUCUGGGAGGCUAACAGCAUGAGCAACGCCUUCACCUCGCACCCGUGCACUUCAGAGGGACAGUCGCGCUGCUCGAGUCCUGAGGAGUGUGGCAGUGGCGAUGGCAACCGCUACAAGGGUGUGUGUGACAAGGACGGCUGCGACUUUAAUCCGUUCCGUAUGGGUAACGAGACCUUCUAUGGCCCUGGCUCGCAGUUCACCAUUGACGCCACUCGCAAGUUCACGAUCGUCACGCAGUUUAUCACCAGCGAUAACACUGCAACCGGAGACCUGGUGGAGAUCCGGCGCUUGUUCAAGCAGGACGACCGUGUGGAGUCGAUGCCCAACAGCGUGUGGUCUGGCUUGAAUGAUGUCAACUCCAUCACGGACUCCAUGUGCGAGACGUCCAAGAAGGUGUUUGGUGAUCAGGACGACCACGCUGCGAAGGGUGGACUUGUACGUAUGGGAAAGCAAAUGGCGAACGGCAUGACGCUCGCCAUGAGUCUGUGGUCGGACCAUGCCGCGUACUGCCUCUGGCUCGACAGCAGCUACCCCGCUGAAGCUGAUGCCUCCAAGCCUGGCGUAAAGCGCGGCUCGUGCCCGACGUCGGGUGGUCGUCCUGCUGAAGUAGAGGCGCAGCAUCCGGAUGCCACCGUCAAGUUCAUGAACAUUCGCGUCGGAGACAUUGGAUCCACGUACUAA